AUGAUGUGCGGAAAUACAUGUGGUUGUGGACACUCAGGAUGUGCUGGAAAUUGUGCCUGGGCAAUCAAAGAGUUGCAAGGUCAAAUCAACAAACUCACUCAACAAAUUACCAAUAUUGAAUCCUCCAAGAUAACUACUCAAACAGUUAAAGUUCCAGCUCAUUCUCACAGUAUUACUAAUACUCAAUUCACUGCAAUUCCAGGAUCACAAGCUACUCUUACCGUCACCCGUCCAACCAAACUUGUUGCUUUUGUCAGUUUCCAUUCGAUCACACCAUCUGUAAACACCAGUUGUGAUGUCACCUCUGCUCUCAAUGGAAGUAUUUUAACUCUUGCUGGAUACAAUGAUUACCCAUGGCCAACUGGUACCAGUCUCAAUCAUAACAACUGGGCAAACGGAGUCAGUAUCACCCAAGAAGUCUUGCAACCAGGAUGCACCUACAAUUAUGACAUCAGAGCUCGUGUACGUGGUGGAAAUCAACCAUCAACUGCCAAUGGAUUUGCCUCAUUGCUUGUUUUGAUCCCAUUAAUUAAUAUUGUUUCAAAAACUAUUUAA